UAUUAUAGAUCACCGAAAACCAAUUUCUUCGUCCGCCGAUCAACCGUCAAACAGAGAGAAUGGAGAAAGCUAUUGACAGACAGAGAGUUCUGCUCAACCACCUUCGCCCUUCUUCUUCUCAGAGCAGUGAAUCUGAUAUCUCUGCUUCGGUUUGCUUGGCUGGGGAUAGCGCAGCAUAUCAACGAAAAGCCAUUUUUGGGGAUGAUAUUGUGAUUGUGGCUGCGUACCGGACUCCAUUAUGCAAGGCAAAGCGUGGUGGUUUCAAGGAUACUCCUGCUGAUGAUUUACUUGCAACUGUUCUUAGGGCACUGAUAGAGAAGACAAAUUUGAACCCAAGUGAAGUUGGGGACAUUGUCGUUGGUACUGUCUUGGCACCAGGCUCCCUCAGAGCAAUUGAAUGCAGGAUGGCAGCGUUCUAUGCUGGCUUUCCUGAUAAUGUUCCUUGUAGGACCGUGAAUAGGCAAUGCUCAUCUGGGCUUCAGGCAGUUGCUGAUGUUGCUGCUGCCAUAAAAGCUGGAUUCUAUGAUAUUGGAAUUGGAGCUGGGCUGGAGUCCAUGACAACCAAUUCAAUGUCCUGGGAGGGUGCAGUGAAUCCAAAAGUGGAGAAGUAUACAGAAGCCCGAGAUUGUCUUCUUCCCAUGGGUGUUACUUCUGAAAAUGUUGCACAACGUUUUGGUGUAACACGGCAGGAGCAGGACCAAGCAGCUGUUGAUUCUCAUAGGAAAGCUGCUGCUGCCACUGCUGCUGGUAAAUUCAAAGAUGAAAUCAUACCAGUGGCCACCAAGAUUGUGGACCCUAAAACAGGAGAGGAGAAACGUGUUACGAUUUCUAUUGAUGAUGGAUUUCGACCAAAUGCAUCAGUAGCAGACCUGGGAAAACUGAAGCCUGUAUUUAAAAAGGAUGGGACCACCACUGCUGGCAAUUCUAGCCAGGUGACUGAUGGUGCUGGAGCGGUCCUCCUCAUGAAGAGAAGUGUAGCAAUGAAGAAAGGACUUCCCAUUCUUGGUGUAUUCAGGAGUUUUUCUGCUGUUGGAGUGGAACCAGCCGUCAUGGGCAUUGGUCCAGCUGUUGCAAUUCCAGCUGCAGUGAAGUCCGCUGGUCUGGAACUUGAUGAUAUUGAUCUUUUUGAGAUAAAUGAGGCAUUUGCCUCCCAAUUUGUUUACUGUCGUAAGAAACUGGAACUUGAUCCAGAAAAAAUCAAUGUUAACGGAGGUGCAAUAGCUAUUGGGCAUCCCUUGGGUGCAACAGGUGCACGUUGUGUGAGUACUCUGUUGCAUGAGAUGAAGCGCCGUGGCAAGGACUGCCGCUUCGGAGUAGUGUCUAUGUGCAUUGGCACAGGAAUGGGGGCUGCAGCGGUUUUUGAAAGAGGGGAUGGUGUUGAUGGCCUCUCCAAUAUUCGGAAGGUUGAGACUCAAAAUUUAUUGUCCAAGGAUGCUCGAUAGACUUUGAUCCAUUUGGGACGGCAAUUAUCGAGACAACCACUUGGUGUGUGUGCGGAUACUAAUAAAGUAGUGUAAUAAGUUGGUACUAAUUAGAACCCAUUUUAAGAUCUAUGGAAUUGUAAUGCAUGUUUAUGCUUAUUAUUCCAAUCACAUCCAAGUGAAGAGUGAAAUUAUCAUUUUG